CUGAAGCUACGACAAUACCUAAAGAAGAAUGAUUACUCCAGCGAAGCAGCUCCGAUGUAUAUUCUCUGCAAUGACGCUUGUUUUGCCCCUUGUAGUUUUCGGCGCGGAUGAUGUCCACAGAGCUGACUUCCCUGAUACUUUCGUUUUUGGUUCCGGUUCUUCUGCUUAUCAAGUUGAAGGGGCAGCAUUUGAAGAUGGAAGGACUCCUAGCAUUUGGGACACCUUUGCUCAUGCUGGUGGAUAUGGAGGCGCCACUGCAGAUGUAUCUUGUGACGCAUACCAUAAAUACAAGGAAGAUGUAAAACUCAUGGCUGACACGGGUUUGGAAGGAUAUAGAUUUUCCAUAUCGUGGUCAAGACUUAUUCCUAAUGGAAGAGGUCCCGUUAAUCCUAAGGGAUUGCAGUAUUACAAUAAUCUCAUUGAUGAAAUCGUUAGUCAUGGAAUUCAACCGCAUGUUACUCUAUGCCACAGUGAUCUUCCACAAGCACUUGAAGACGAUUAUGGAGGAUGGAUGAGCCGAAAGAUAAUCGAUGACUUCAUUGCUUACGCGGAUGUGUGCUUCAAGGAAUUUGGUGACAGAAUUUUGCAUUGGACUACCUUGAAUGAAGUCAAUUUAUUUGCUCUAGCCGGUUAUGAUGAUGGAAUAUUCCCUCCAAAUCAUUGUUCCCCACCUUUCGGAGUGAAACACUGCUCCAGAGGUAACUCUUCGACCGAGCCAUACAUAGUUGCUCAUAAUUUACUACUCGCCCAUUCAGCUGUGGUGAGACUCUACAGGAGAAGGUACAAGUCAACUCAACAUGGUUUUGUUGGAUUAAAUCUCUUUGCUUUCUGGUCACUUCCUUCUACAAAUAAAACAGCCGAUAUAAUUGCAGCACAACGAGCUAAUGAUUUCUACAUAGGCUGGUUUGCAAAUCCCUUGAUAUUUGGAGACUAUCCUGAUAUAAUGAAGAAGAAUGCUGGCUCUAGAUUGCCCAAAUUCACAAGACAAGAAUCUAAGCAAGUUAAAGGUGCCAUAGACUUCAUAGCCCUGAACCAUUAUUUGAACGCACAUGUCAAAGACAACUCCAGCAGCCUGGAAACUGAUAUCAGAGACUUCAAUGCCGAUGCAGCAUGUCAAGUUAAAAUCAUUCUUGGUGGUCCACCUCCAGGCCUGUACCCAGUGACACAACCUGGUCUACAAGGAGUACUAGAAUAUUUCAAGCAAUCUUAUGGCAAUCCACCUAUGUAUAUUCAUGAAAAUGGUCAAAUGACACCCCGAAAUGCAUCGUUAAAUGAUACAAGUAGGGUACAAUAUCUGCAAGCUUAUAUUGGGAAUUUGCUUGAUGCUGUGAGGAACGGAUCAAAUGUCAAAGGCUACUUCACAUGGUCAUUUUUAGACUGUUUUGAGUUAAUGAACGCAUAUGACUCGGGAUUUGGCUUAUACUAUGUGGAUUUGAAUGACAAAGACUUAACAAGAUAUCCAAAGCUUUCUGCACAAUGGUACUCUAACUUCUUGAAGGGAAAAGCCUCCAAAUAUACUGCACUUCUUGAGAUUGAGGAUAAAUUACUUCAUUCUUCUCAAUAAGUGUUACUUUCCUUCGCGAGUAUUGGGUUCUAUUGUGUUGUCAAUCCAGUUAUGGAUUUCACAAUUCUCUGUUGCAAUUUUUACAAAUGAUGAUUAUGUCUAGACGAUUAGUCUUGUAUCCUUGUAUGAGGACGAAUUUUAAUACUAAUUACACAGCAUAAGAAAAUCUAUAAUGCAGUUAUUCUGUAA